AUGGCCACCUCACCUUACGACGAGAAACCCGAUAUUCUCCACGAUGAGACUCGCGGUGCUGAGCACGGAGUCAUCGAUGUCAAGGAAGAUGCCUACAGCAAAGGACAGCUUGCGACUGGGUAUGAGACCUUGACCAUACCUCAGACAGUUAGGAAAUUCAAGUGGGCUUUCGCUUUCUGCUUCAUGGCUACUUUCGCCGGUGCUACUGAUGGUUAUCAAAUCGGUAUCAACGGGAACAUCAUCGCAAAUCCAGGUUUUGUGAAACAGUUUGCGACGACUGUGGAUUCCACAGGCGAGCCCGCUUUGUCUGCUCCUGUGCUCUCCGCAAUUGGUACAAUUCAAUCUGUGGGGCAGAUUAUUGGAAUGACCUCCCUCCCCUUCCUCGCUGCCCGAUAUGGUCGAAAGCCUGCCAUGUUUCUUCUAUGGCUUAUUCUGGCAGCAUCAGUCAUCUGCGAGUCCACUGCUAAGCACUGGCAAGUAUGGGUUGUUGCCAAGCUUUUCUCCGGUAUCGGAGUUGGGUCCCUUCAAUUUAUCACCCCUACCUACGUGUCCGAAGUGGCUCCGACUCGAGUCCGAGGUUUCCUCCUGAUGAUGUACAACUUUUGGUUCUCUGUUGGUGGAUUCUUUGCACCAGUAGCACUGCAAAUCAUGUCAGGCUAUGCUCCAGACAACUUCCGAACGCCCAUAUACACUCAGUGGUCUCAGAUCGGCCUUAUGCUCAUCAUUUACAUUCUGCUCCCCGAAUCGCCAAUGUGGUUGGCGUCUCAGGGUAAAGAAGAGCUGGCCAAGAAGAAUAUGCGACGUAUAUACAAAGGAGUAGAAGGAUUUGACGUGGAACAACAGUACGAAGCCCUAGCAUUGACCAUAGCCCACGAGAAAGCAGUAGCUACUGCUACCGGACGGGACAAAUGGUACGCCAUCUUCCAGGGCCCAAAUUUGCGUCGAACUAUCGCAAGUACUUGGGCUUUAAGCGCUCAACAGGUUCUUGGUCUCACGUUGUUCUACACAUAUGCGUCGUAUUUCUUCAAAACAGCCGGUAUUGCCGAUCCAUUUGCCGUAACCUGUAUUACCAACGGUAUUCAGCUUGUUAUCAUAAUCCUCGUUGCUGUUUCAGUCGACUACUUUGGUCGUCGUAACAUCUGUUGCGGUGGCUUGUCCACAAUGUUGAUCGCUGUGACCCUCAUUGGUAUUCUCGGAGUAGUUCCUAAGUCAGAUGCUUCUAAUAAGCUGUUGGUGUUCUUCUCCUGCAUUUACAUCGUCGGCUUACAGUGCUCUGGGUCCACCGGAUGGGGUUUCGUUGGCGAGCUUUCGUCUCAAAGACUUCGAGCGCACACCGCUGGAUUCGCUGCUGCCAUCUCCUGCGUGGGUGGAGUCAUCAUGAACGUUUUGGUUCCCUACAUGCUCAGUCCUACGGCCUGGAACUGGGGUCUCAAGACUGCCUUUUUCUAUACCGGUCUCGGAGCUCCAGCGGCCAUUGGAGCCUGGUUCAUUAUCCCUGAACCCAAGGGCCUCACUGCGGCCGAGCUUGACGAGCUUUUCGAUGCUGGGGUCAAGCCUUGGCGAUUCCACAAGACGAAGACUGCUCUACAACGUCAAAUCGAAGUUCAGCAGGAAAACAAUUGA